AUGGGAGAGGUCUCCAACAUGGGACGAGAGUUCUCCAACAUGGGAGGAGAGUUCUCCAAUAUGGGAGGAGAGUUCUCCAACAUGGGAGGAGAGUUCUCCAAUAUGGGAGGAGAGUUCUCCAACAUGGGAGGAGAGUUCUCCAACAUGGGAGGAGAGGUCUCCAACAUGGGAGGAGAGUUCUCCAACAUGGGAGGAGAGUUAUCCAACAUGGGAGGAGAGUUCUCCAACAUGGGAGGAGAGUUCUCCAACAUGGGAGGAGAGGUCUCCAACAUGGGAGGAGAGUUCUCCAACAUGGGAGGAAAGUUCUCCAACAUGGGAGGAGAGUUCUCCAAUAUGGGAGGAGAGUUCUCCAAUAUGGGAGGAGAGUUCUCCAACAUGGGAGGAGAGUUCUCCAACAUGGGAGGAGAGUUCUCCAACAUGGGAGGAGAGGUCUCCAACAUGGGAGGAGAGUUCUCCAACAUGGGAGGAGAGUUCUCCAACAUGGGAGGAGAGUUCUCCAACAUGGGAGGAGAGGUCUCCAACAUGGGAGGAGAGUUCUCCAACAUGGGAGGAGAGUUAUCCAACAUGGGAGGAGAGUUCUCCAACAAGGGAGGAGAGUUCUCCAACAUGGGAGGAGAGUUCUCCAACAUGGGAGGAAAGUUCUCCAACAUGGGAGGAGAGUUCUCCAACAUGGGAGGAGAGGUCUCCAACAUGGGAGGAGAGUUCUCCAACAUGGGAGGAGAGUUCUCCAACAUGGGAGGAGAGUUCUCCAACAUGGGAGGAGAGGUCUCCAACAUGGGAGGAGAGUUCUCCAACAUGGGAGGAGAGUUAUCCAACAUGGGAGGAGAGUUCUCCAACAAGGGAGGAGAGUUCUCCAACAUGGGAGGAGAGUUCUCCCACAAGGGAGGAGAGUUCUCCAACAUGGGAGGAGAGUUCUCCAACAUGGGAGGAGAGUUCUCCACAUGGGAGGAGAGUUCUCCAAUAUGGGAGGAGAGUUCUCCAAUAUGGGAGGAGAGUUCUCCAACAUGGGAGGAGAGUUCUCCAACAUGGGAGGAGAGUUCUCCAACAUGGGAGGAGAGUUCUCCAACAUGGGAGGAGAGUUCUCCAACAUGGGAGGAGAGGUCUGGUGUGCGUGGGAUCUGUGCAUUAUUGUGGAGUUUGCGGGGGUGCCGCCCACAGUCCUGA